AUGAGGCCGGUUUCCUUCGUGCGUGCACCUGCUACUUGGGCUCAGGUAUCGCGCCCUAGUGCCAGCGCCUACUCGGCACGGCGCUGUCCUGCAGUCGGAGUGCGUUGCACCUCCUCCAUUCAGUCGGGCCACAUCAAGCUUGGGGAGAAUGAGGGCAUUCUCUAUGUGAACAAUAUCUUCCCACAUCGGCUGCAAUGGUUCCUGCGGGGUCCGCUCAGCCAUAUCCAGCCGUUUGAAGGACUGCUGAAGCGAAUCAACAACCCUGACCUGGCCGCAGCUGAUCCACAGCGCAUAGUUGAACGCGCAUUACCCAAGGGCUUGGAUCUUAAAAUCAAAGAGGUUGUCCCAAGGUAUAAAGAAGGCGGCGCAUUCGUCAAGUAUGAACGCAACCCAAACGUUAACGAUGAAGAUGUCCAUUCUGCGGCAAAAGAACACAUGGCGAAACAUCCCAUCAAGCCAUGGUUCAAUCCAUUCCAAAGAGCCGACGUGGACGUUGUACGGGGCAAGCCGUGGAUCGAAGACCUUUACCGGAUCCCCAGUCAGACCCUGAAGGUGGAAUUCUUGCCAGCUACCGCGGAGUCUUCGGCGGUGGAGCUAACUCAGGAGGCGUUGUACAGCCUCUUUAGUCCAUAUGGGAAGAUCAUCGAUAUUCACCCACAGCCUUCUGAUUCCAAGGUCGAGCCGAGGUAUGCGAUCUUGGGCUUUAACCGGCCCCGUUUCUCGGUUAUGGCACGAAAUUGCAUGCAUGGAUUUGUCGCCGGUGAAGAGAAUGGCGGGGGUAAAGCCGGAACCAAAUUCAGGAUCAACUACGAGCGCAAGAUCAAGCUCUCCGUGAUUAAGGACUGGCUCCUGAACCAUCCGAGGAUCGUCAUUCCAGCUCUGGCGGCAUUGGUCGCAGCCAUUACUGUGAUCAUAUUUGAUCCUAUUCGCACAUUCUUCAUUGAAAUGAAGAUCAAGUCCACUCUUCAGACAUCAGAAAACCAGGUGAUACAGUGGAUUCGCAGGCAAGCCAGCAAAGCCAACAUAGCCUAUUUUGGACACAGGAAGACAGACCCUCGUGGUUUGGCAGCGAUCUGGGAAGACCGCCAGAAAGACAUAUCCCAGGUGCAAGCCUGGUUGACAGAGACUGCCGAGACUUUUAUUGUCAUUCACGGCCCGCGGGGCUCGGGGAAACGGGAGUUGGUUCUGGAUCAGGCAUUGAAAGACCACAGCUACAAAGUGGUAAUCGACUGCAAACAAAUCCAUGAUGCGAGAGGCGACACAGCCAAAAUCUCCCGAGCAGCUGCCCAGGUCGGCUACCGACCCAUCUUCUCGUGGAUGAACAGUAUCAGCAGUUUCGUCGAUCUUGCUGCUCAGGGAAUGAUUGGUACCAAGGCUGGCUUCUCUGAGACUCUCGAUGCCCAGCUCAGCAAAAUUUGGCAGAAUACAGCCGUGGCAAUAAAGCGAGUUGCCCUCGCCGGACGACGCAAGGACGACAAAGACUUUAACCUUACUGAUGAUGAAUACCUCGAAGCUCAUCCCGAGAAAAGGCCUGUCGUCGUUAUUGACAAUUUUGUCUAUGAUUCGGAACAUACCGUUGUGCUCGACAAGAUGACCGAGUGGGCCGCCGGCCUUACAACGGCCAAUAUUGCCCAUGUUAUCUUCCUGACCACGGACUCCUCCUUUGCAAAACCCUUGGGCAAAGCUUUACCAAAUCAGGUCUUUCACACUAUCAGUCUAGGUGACUGUUCUCCUGAAGUUGGCCGUCGCUUUGUGUUGAGUCACUUGGACGCGGACGCGAGCGAUGAUGGAAAUGGAAAAGCGUCGAAGGUAAAGCGCGGCAAAGAUGCACUCACAGGCCUCGAUGAUUGCAUUCAAGUUCUCGGUGGCCGGGUGACAGAUCUUGAGUUUAUGGCCCAUCGGAUUGAAGCUGGCGAGACUCCUCAAGCUGCCGUGGAUCGCAUUGUCGAGCAGUCAGCCUCUGAGAUCUUGAAAAUCUUCAUCUUGGGAACCGACUCCGUCGCACCGCAGUGGACUCGUGAACAAGCAUGGCAUCUCAUUAAAUCACUCGCGCACGCCGAGGAUGGAUGUCUGCUUUACAACAAAAUUCUUCUCUCUGACCUGUUCAAAGACAACGGCGAAGCGACUCUCCGAGCCCUGGAGCAAGUGGAGCUCAUUUCCGUAGGGUCGGAAAAGGGAUUUCCACGAUGGGUCAAGCCAGGGAAGCCAGUCUACCAGGCCGCAUUCCAACGACUGAUCGAGAACAAGACACUGGAAAGCCGUCUGGAUUUGUUGGUCCUCACGCAGUUGAUCGGGAAUGAGAACGUGAACAUCCACAAGUACGAGGAAGAGCUGCAGCUACUUGGUACCCUGCCGAAAUAUCCCUGGGAACUCACUUCGAGGAUUGAAUGGCUCCUGGGUAAGAUACAUAACUCGCAGUCAAAGAUCCUCCAGUAUGAGAACGAGAGUGCGGUGUUGCAGAAGGCUUUGCACAGUGCAAAAUAA